AUGUCUCUCAGCAAUCUCACUUUUUGCAAUCAAUUGCCACGCUCCAGCUGGGAUCAAGUCUUGGCGCCUGACAACACUUCAUCCCAACACUGGACGCACACCGGACGCGACUAUCAACCUUCCCACCUCUACACGAGACAACCCGAAUUUGAGACUGAGCCAUUUGCAUUGCAAAGUCACGUCAAAUUCACCAGCUCCUCAAGUCAAAUUGAGGUCAGCUUUGUUGCGCCGCUGUGCCGCGUGACUUGUAUAAUGAUGAAACCUUCCGAGACCUUUGGUGCUGGGCAUUGCGCUGAGGCUGACGAGCUUUUCAGCACAGAAACAUCAACGGGAGUCCACGACGGAGCACAUGCAGUUCCUGUACAUGGUAUUGCGAGUCCCAGCGGACGAGCCUUCGCGACUGGCGCGAAGAACGAGGAUUUGAUCACAGCCGGAAGCAAAGUCGGCCAAACACGCACCGGUCAAUCCGACGAAAACCAGUCAGACGGCACCUCCUCAUUGAGCGAUGGAGAAAUCAAUGAGCGUCAAGAGAAGUCUAAUGUACAAGAAGCAGGCAGAAACGAGGAAGUCUCCAAGAGCGGCGUCCAAAGGGACCGUGAGCAAUCCGGACAACCUUGGGAAAAAGCUCUACACCAAAUUGAGGCUCAGGCUCCAUCGAUGGAAGGAUGUCGAGCAUUGAAACCGCAAAAGUGCAUGGUGAAAAUCGGACGAAAGAAGGCGUUUGGGGAUUUCUUUGGCGCGUAUCCGAUAAUGGCGCGUGUCAGCCUGUAUCCAGGACCGAACGGACCUCCAACAAUCACUUUGACCUUGAGAGAUCAAGACCAUGAGGAGUUUUACAGAAGCGACUGGAAGAUGAACGCCCAUGACGGGUUCAAUUUUGCUGUUUCGGACUUCGAAGCGUUUCGUGUGAAGGACAAUACCAAUGACGGAGAGGUAUCUGACAAGGAUGUGAUAGAGAAAUGGGGAUUUGACCAUUUGGCGGACCUGAUCUGCAUCCGUUUUACCAGUUGGCCAUUACUAGACGGCUUCGCCAAAGAUUAUAAGUAUAAGGAUUCGGUUGGCCAAUCUCUGAAAACUCAAUUGGGCUUCCUACGUAGCCCAAGAAGUCCAUUCCCGAUCUCGAUAUGGUUUCCUUCGCCAAUGGGUUGGGUAAGUCUUCACAAUCGGACGAUGUUAUUCUUUCUCAGCGCAGAACUUGGUCGAGAACGAGACCUCCUGUGGUAUUGGGGGGAUUCUCAGGGGCGGUCUUUCCUUCAAAACCAAGCAACAUCAGAAGAAAACUCUGAGGAAGAGUCCGAGCAAGAAGGCUUUGACGAACCAGAGGCGCUCUGGCAAGCACUUCAUGCUUCUGAGCGAGCAAGGAAGGCUGCUCGACACGAGCUUUGGAAGAUGGAGCGAGAGGUCAUGCAUCUUAUGAACCUCGUGGCUGAUCAAGAAGUCGUUUUGACAGGGAAAAAUCGCCAAAUGAACAGGCUUAGGGGCCUUGUGUUUCGACCCAUGAGGAUAAGGCGCACCAAACAUAUGACCAAGCCAAAUGAUGAUGGUGAAAAGGGGCGGAGCUCGAGCCAGCAAACCUUUCAUCUGCGAGCGUUGAUCCAAGGCCUGGUAGACCAUCUCCAGGAGCAUGACCGCAAAGUGGCUGCAAUGCGUACAAGCUACAAGCAAGCAAUUGACGAGCUGUAG